AUGUCUAAUUUAGGUUUACAGGUGAGACAAGCUGCAGGCUCUAUAGAUAGCGUUGUUGCUGAUUAUGCUGUGGGAUAUAUGCAACAUAUUUUGCAUUCCACCGAGGAUGCAGUUUUGGCUCGUCAACUAGACAUUACAAAGGAAGUCUCGUUUAUUGAAGAACUGCUUGUUAGUGCAGGUGGGGAUUCUAACAAGGUAAGACAACUUGGGGAAAAGUUGCAGCAAAAUAUUGAAAAACAAUUGAAGGACAAUAUGUCAAAAUUGGAAAUUACAGGUGAUACCUCCAAGAGACUUUUAGACAUCAGUUUGAUAAAUAGUAAGCAAAGAGAGCUAGAUUCCUCGCUAGCACUAUUGCAAUCUACUGAUAUAGAGCAUACCGGUAGAUCCAUUGAGAGUAGAGUUGACAAGAAGAAGUUGCAGAAGGCUGAAGCAAAGAUUGCCAAAAAGGUUGCAAAGAGAAAUAAUAGAUUUGUGCAGUAUGAAGCUUCUAAGCUUAUCAAUGAUCAACAAAAGGACGACUAUGAUUCUUUCUUCUUAAAGGUGAAUCCUAUUGAGUUUGGUGCAGGUGCAGGAAAAUCAAAGGAUAUCAAGAUCGAUACAUUUGAUUUAUAUGUCGGUGAGGGUCAAAGAAUUUUGAGUAAUGCGUCAUUGACAUUGGCCUUUGGUAGAAGAUACGGUUUAGUUGGUCAAAACGGUAUUGGUAAAUCUACCCUUUUAAGGGCACUAUCAAGAAGAGAGUUGGAUAUUCCUAAGCACAUCACCAUUUUACACGUUGAGCAAGAACUUAGAGGAGAUGAUACCAUUGCACUUCAGUCUGUCUUGGAUGCCGACGUUUGGAGAAAGCAGUUAUUGACUGAACAAGAAAGAAUUGGGGAAAGAGUCGACGAGAUUGAGAAGUUAAAAGAAGAGUUCGAUGAGGAAUCCUUGGAAAUGAAGAAAUUGGAGAAUGAGCAGGUUGACCUUACCGAUAAAUUGGAGGAAGUUCAUGAGAAAUUGGGUGAGAUUGAGAGUGAUAAGGCGGAGGCCAGAGCCUCCUCUAUCCUAUAUGGGUUGGGUUUCAGCCAAGAAGCCCAACAGAGAGCCACUAAGUCGUUCUCCGGUGGUUGGAGGAUGAGAUUAUCGUUAGCCAGAGCCUUGUUCUGUAAGCCAGAUCUCUUAUUGUUGGAUGAACCCACCAAUAUGUUGGAUGUUCCAUCGAGUGCCUACUUGGGUGACUAUCUCCAGACGUACCCAGCCACUGUCUUGGUUGUUUCUCACGACCGUGCAUUUUUGAAUGAAGUUGCGACAGACAUCAUCCACCAGCAUUCCGAAAGAUUGGACUACUACAGAGGUGCCAAUUUUGACUCUUUCUAUGCUACGAGAGAGGAGAGAAUUAAGAACCAAAAGAGAGAAUACGAUAACCAAAAGGCCUACAGAGAGCAUUUGCAGACGUUCAUUGAUAAGUUCAGGUACAAUGCUGCGAAGUCCUCGGAGGCGCAAUCGAGAAUCAAAAAGUUGGAAAAGUUGCCCGUGCUUGAGGCCCCAGAGGAGGACAAGCAGAUAACAUUCAGAUUUCCAGACCCUGAGAAGUUGUCGCCACCGAUCUUGCAAUUGUUGGACGUCAGUUUUGGGUACGAUCCGAAGAAUAUGUUGUUGAACCACGUCGACCUUGACAUCCAGAUGAACUCGAGGGUGGCGCUUGUGGGUGCCAACGGAUGUGGUAAGACUACCUUGUUGAAGGUGUUGAUGGGCACGAACUCUCCGUUGGACGGAUCUGUGUCGAAGAACUCGAGGUUGCGUAUCGGCUACUUUGCGCAGCAUCACGUCGACGGGAUGGACUUGACCAAGAACGCGGUGGAGUGGAUGAGCGAGAAAUACCCGGGUAAGACCGACGAGGAGUACAGACGACAUCUAGGCUCGUUUGGUAUCACGGGGCCAUUGGCGUUGCAGAGGAUGCAACUCCUCUCCGGUGGUCAGAAAUCGAGAGUGGCCUUUGCCGCUUUGUGCUUGACAAACCCGCACGUCCUCAUCAUGGACGAACCUUCGAAUCACUUGGACACAUCCGGGUUGGAUGCGCUCUCCGGAGCGCUCCAGCGCUUCCAGGGAGGUGUGUUGAUGGUGUCGCAUGACGUGACGAUGAUCAAACAGGUGUGCAAGGAGAUCUGGGUCAGCGAGGACGGCCGCGUUUACCGUUUUGACGGCACGAUCGACGACUACAAGAAAUACAUUCUCAGCAAGGCUAAUGCCAGCGGUGUUGUCAAGAAGCAUUAG